AUGGAGGAAUUACGUCAAGUUAACCAAGAACUUUACGAGGAAAUAAUAUAUUUAGCUCAAUCAAAUCGAGAUUAUGAGCAUAAAAAUUACAAUCUCGAAAAACAGAUAGCUAUACGUGAGGAAAGAAUCCAAUUUUUGGAAAAAGAGCUAGAAAGCGUUAUAUCACUUUCUAGUCAAGAGAGAGAAAAAUUACAGAAAGAAAUCUCAGACUUAAAGAAGUCGUUAUAUCAAGCUAGAAAAGAAAUCAAGCAAAAAGAGAAGGAUCUAGUUAUUGGAGAAAAUCAAUUAGGUGAAUUCGAUGUCCGAGAAAAAAAGGCUCAAACAUAG